AUUCCGCGGUCACACUGUAAAUGCAACCCUGCACCGCCAUCUUUCUUUUUCGAUCCGCGCACACACCGAGUGACUAGAUCGCGUCAAGAUGCAGCUUUUCGUACGUGGAUUUGAAACCAUCGAGGCUUUGGAGGUGUCCCAGGAUGCCACCAUCGCUGGAGUCAAGAACCAGCUCGCCCAGCUGCAUGGCUUCAACGCCGAGGAGGUGAGCCUCAACUGCGAGGGCACCACCCUGUCCAACGAGACGCCCGUGACCGCUCUGAGCUCCUUCGAGCUGGACAUCAACAUUCCGAUGCUUGGUGGUAAGGUGCACGGCUCUCUGGCUCGUGCCGGUAAGGUCAAGGGACAGACGCCCAAGGUGGAGAAGCAGGAGAAGAAGAAGAAGAAGACCGGCCGCGCCAAGCGCAGGAUCCAGUACAAUCGCCGCUUCGUGAACUUUGUCCAAGGCUUCGGCCGUCGUCGUGGCCCCAACGCCAACUCCACGUAAAGUGUGAACCGUGUCCCUGGGAUGAUGAACAAGUCGCUAUCUUUUAAUGCAUAAAGUUGAUGUUCAUAAAGUAAUUUUCAAAGAUUAAACAAACUAUUUUACAAA